CUGUGUGGGAGGAGUGACGGUCAGUUUGGCCUCAUUCAUUCAAAGAGUCAGAGUAGAGUCAGAAAAAGGAAAGAGCAGGAGAACACACCCAGAAAGGCAGCACUGAUUGAUACAAAGUGCAAUCCGCCCAUUUCCCAGCAGAAGGAAGUGAAACUAAACUCUCUGGACUUUGCACCAGAAGCCAUGGCUGCUGUGAAUCCAGCAAAGACGCUCCAGGAUGAAGUGACCUGUCCCAUUUGCCUGGAUUAUUUCAACGAUCCGGUGUCUCUUGACUGUGAUCACAGCUACUGCCGAGCCUGCAUCACGCAGUCCUGGGGGGGACCCACUGCAGACGUCUCCUGCCCCCAGUGCAGACGGGCCUUUCCCCAGGGGAACCUCAGGCCGAACAGGCAGCUGAGGAGUAUUGUGGAGGCAGCCAGAGAACUCCAGUUGCAGGCAGGGAGGGAACCAGCCCCAGAGAGACUGUGUGAGAAACACCAGGAGCCUCUCAAACUCUUCUGCAGGGAGGAUGAAAUCCCCAUCUGCCUGGUGUGCGACAGAUCCAAGGGGCACCGAGCUCACACUGUGAUUCCUGCCGAGGAAGCUGCCGAAGAAUUCCAGGAAAGGCUCCAGGCCCAGCUGAAAACUCUGAGAGCCGAGAGAGAAAAGCUGCUGGGACUGAAAGGGAGCAAGGAGGAGACCAGCCAGGAGUAUCUGAAACAGACACGAGCCGAGCGGCAGAAGAUCGUGGCCGAGUUUCAGCAGCUGCGGCAGUUCCUGGAGGAACAAGAGCGACUCCUGCUGGCCCAGCUGCAGAAGCUGGACGAGGAGCUUGUGAGGCUCCGGACUGACACUGUCACCAAACUCUCGGAGCAGAUUUGCCGUCUCAGCGAGCGGAUCCGGGAGUUGGAGGAGAAGUGUCAGAAGCCAGCGAGUGAAUUCCUGCAGGACAUCAGAAGCACCUUGAGCAGGUGUGAGGAGAGGCAGGCCCAGCAGCCGGAGGAGAUGGCUCCUGAAUUGGAAGAACAAGUCCGUGGUUUCUCCCAGAAAGUGAUUGUGCUGUCGGAGACGCUGAGGGAGUUCAAAGGUACCUGGGGGGGAUGGAGGAGGGGAAAAUGAGACCGUGGAAGGAGAAUGGUGCUGGUCAAUUGGUUCAUAAUUAGAUGAGGCUUCCAUAUAAUUGGGGGUGAAUGGCCCAGACUUGGGUUCCAAGACACUCAGGUUGAUUAAUUCAAACCCUUGUUUGUUCAGAAGCAGCCUUUGCAAUGACAGUGACAGUGAGAGUGAGAAAUGACAGAGAGAAACACGCCCAGUUCCCUUCUCUUGGGGCACAGGCGGAUCAUGGUGCAUUUCUCCUGAGAUAGUAGGAGUACCACUGACCAUAUCUGAUUGGUUAUAAUCAUCCAGAUUAUACCCGGAUGAGUUCUGUUCCAAUCCCCUUUGUGUGACUUGUACACGGCACACUCAGGAACUUUCAAUUGCUGGAGGGUUUUUGCUUCUCCAAGCAAUUUUCAAGUUCCUCUCUUGUCUGAUGUGCAGGGGUCACUUCUCCACAGGGGGGAUCUGGACGUCUCUCCCUGGCCUGGGCAGGUCACUCUGGGUGUCUCUGCAAACACCUUGUGUGGGCAACACACCUGUGUCCUGCAGAGCAACUCAGGAACGUGGCACUUUAAGAGCAAGGUCCCUGUAGGAAACAUUUCCCUUAUGGCCAGCACACGGCUCUCCAGGCUCAAUCCGAGCCAAUCACCAUCAAUGGGGGCGAGGGGGACAAUAAUUAUUGGUGGGGCCCG